GAAAUCAAAAGAAAGUUACGAUCAUUACAGUGAAUGUUAUCCAGGGUAGGUAUUGCAACAUUGCCAACGAAGUAUGAGCGAUAACAACAAACCAUUGUUUAAUUUAAAGACGUUGCAAACCAAUGCACUUAUGUAGGAUCAAAAUUGAACCUGGGGCUGAGGAUAAUAAAAUAGUGGGGGAUGGGUGAGGCUUACCUUUUUGAUCCUCGGAAAAGGAGAGUUGUCCGUGCAGGGAUAUAGUAAUACUAUUACCAAACAGACGAUAAGUAUACCAAACGUUAGCGUCCUCCGCAGGAAUCUCGUGGUUCACCUGCGUUGCUUGGUUUUAGAAAGCAAAUGCUGCCCGCCAAUUUAAAAGCGAUGCCUUCGGAGGAGCCGCUAACCAAACGUGAUAGAAAGCUGUGUUAUCAGAACUGACAUAAAGGAAAUUCAGUAUAUACCUACAUAUGCAUGUGCUAUAGUAGAUUGCACUGUAGCUCAACUUUCGUAAUUGAGUCCAUUUUAGAAUGAAACCUAUAACUUAUGUGGAUUCCUAUUCACAUUUCCCCACAGAGGAAUGGAUGCAGAUUACAACUACGACAGUGAGGAAGAAGUGGAUUACUCAAAAAUGGACAUGGUAGGGAUUUUUGCCUUUUGAUUUGAUUAAAUUACAUAUAUUGGACGUCCACUGUCAUUCGAAGAAAUCCAUUAUGUCAAUUCCUCUCUUUUAAACACCGCAAAACAACAUUCAUAUCCACAAGCUGCUAAGGCUAUAAUAGAGAUUAUAAUCACUAAGAAACGGGCAAUUUUGAAGCUCCCUAGGAGAAAUUGUUUUUCAAUAUGGGACGUAUAACAUUUAUCACGUGUUUGGGAUAAUAAGUUAAAUGUGUGGUUAGAAGGCUGUGGAUUGACAGGGAUACAACUAGCUGGAAAAUACAAGGAGAACUUCGACGUUUCAAGUGAAGACCCUUCCAACGAAAUCAGGCUGGGAAGUAUAAUACUCAUGCAAAUUUGUAUAUAGAAUCCCCAAUGAAGACGAGCCACUUCGGGAUACUUGGGUGCGCAGGCGAGGAUUGACCGCAUGGCUUUAAGACACGGGUCUGAGUUUUGAGUUUAUUGGGUUUCUCACUCAUUAGCGAGCAGAUUUCCCAACAGGCUAUUGCCCAACAAUUGAUAGGGUAUCCCAGGUACCUACGAUUUAACGUCUUUAUCCGAGCAGACGCAAAAGUCUAACUAUGCAUUUACUGAUGUCAAUGUAUUAAAAGGUAGCUCUUUCUCCUCAGUUAUUUUAAGACUUUGAGUAUUGAACCCGCGGGUCCGGACCAGCUUGAAAUGCAAGCGUGAUGACCACGACACCAUAUUUUCAUGAUACAUAUGUCUGCUUGAUGUUCUUCAAGUAUUACAGUUGUCUUUAUAUUCUUGUGCUUCAUAGGGUAACAAAAAAGGUCCUAUCAAGAGAUGGGAUUUCGAGACGGAAGAAGAAUACAAUUCUUAUAUGGAACGUAGAGAAGCAUUACCAAAGUAAGUUGGAACGUUUACGCUGAUCAUUGCCACCAUUUUGUUCAUUUUCUCACGUGUUAUUGGAAAAAUUUGGUAUCGGCAAAAUAUCGGUCCUUCAAUAUCGGUUAUCGGGAUAUCGGUGAAUUUCCAUAUCGGUGCAUCACUACUGAAUAUUGCGCAAAAACUCACUAGUUCAAAUAAUUGGCGAAGAAAAAGGCUACAAUUGCUGAAUGGUUGGAUCACAUCUUCUUGGAAAAGUGCAUUAAAACGUAGUUCCUGUGUCUCGAAGAUUUUUUUGUGGGUUGGAUUUGUAAAAAGCGCCUCAAAGUCGUAACAAUAAAUUCAAAUCUUCUUUUGUCUCCGUGAUCAAAUGAAUCACUUUGGAAACUUAAUUUUCAUCCUGAUUUUAGAGCUGCUUUCCAGUUUGGUGUAAAGAUGAGUGACGGACGAAAAACAAGAAGAACAGGCCCAAAAGAUGAGAAGGCGAAAUUGGACAGAGAUUGGAACAAAAUCAGUCAGGUACAUGUAACGUGAUUUAGUUUGCUAUAUAAACUGUGAAUAGAAAGAAAAAACCCACAUCCGUUAAUCAACUCUUUAUGACAUUGUAUUCGAUGUUCUUUAUUGACAGUGUUAAAAUAUUAUAAACUUUGCGUGUAGUCUGCAUUGGACUCAUUUGCAUGUGAUAGUUAAAUCUUAUUUUAAUAAGCUUCCAUUAAUUUGCAUGGCACCCUAAUGCGUCCUACUUUAUUAUAUUGUCUAAAGCCCGUUCUCCACUAGGCGAAUUUAUUCGCGCGAACAGAUAAAAAGUAGGAAGCGAUUCUACUUUUUCGCCGCGAAUUUUUUCGCCGACCAAUCACGUUGCCGGAUUUCGGUUUUCGCUUCGCGUCGCGCGAACAAAUUCGCGUAGUGGAGAACGGGCUUAACGCCAGAUUAUUUUACUGUCUAAAGCCCAUUUUCCACUAGGCGAAUUUGUUCGCGCCAACAGUAAAAAAGUAGGAACUGAUCCAAUUUUUUCGCUAACCAAUCAAAUUGCCAAGAUUUGGUUUAAUGGGCUUGACGCCAAACGGCGCUUUUGAAAGCGUUUGAAACUGAGUGUAACUGUUACCUUUUUGUUAAUUUUAAGAUUAUUUCAAAACGAAAAACGGACGGAGGCGAUGACAGGUGAGGCCAGAACUUGAACGUAGGGUACAAUUCUUGUUUGUAGCUGCACUUAUGUGGAAAGAGUCAUUCAACACUCUCCCAAACUUGAUGGGUUUUCUCCCCCCCCCCCCCACAGGUGGUCGAGGAUAAAUAGGUUAGGGAAAGUAAAAAUUGUACAGAUCCAAGCCAAGUCUGACUAUAACAUGGUAUACUGUUUUGAUGUAUUUGGAUGAAAAAACCCAAAAGUAGUCUCUUGCGCAAAUGUUCGUUGGUGCGCAUUCGAGUCGUAAGAACGUUUGCAAGGGCCCAAGCCCCAAGGGUUCUAGUGAGUUGAGUGCAUGUAAUUAACCGUUGCUUGGUUCUUGCUGUAGCGAAUUUCACUGUAUGGUAUAUAUUUUAUUUUUAUUUUUCAGAUCAAGAAGUAAACAAGAUAGUAAGAAGUCAAGAAUGUAUUGAUGUGCAGAUUGUUGUGAUAACACUAUGUGCAACUUUUGUUUUUAAUUAAAUAAACUCUUCACAUGACAAUAAUUGAAUAGAGCAUUCUGAAUGGCAAAACCUUCAACGCCACAAUUUAAACUCUUUAAAUACACCAGAUAAUAUGAGAUAGGAAGAUAUUGUGAAUGUGAAGAAUGGACAAUCAUGUGCUCCCCUGGUUGACUGGAUAUUUUAAAUGGAAGGUCAAUCCAGUUAUACCUGAAAUUGCAUAAAUUCCACAUUUAUCAACUAAGUACCAUCAUUAGCCUCAGAUCUUUAGACUACAGUUAUUGUUACAUUUUACAAUGUCAUAUUACAAUGAUUAAAUAUUUUAAAUAGCAUAAUAGUUUUAUUGAUGACACAAACUUUAAUAUAGUUAUACUUUCCAUAUCCAGGAAUUAAUGAAUUAGAAUAUCAACCUGAAGAUUAUUACUGAGACAAUAUACUGCAUUUAUACAGAAGUGAAAAUAAUACAACACCACUCAAUUACUUUGUACAAUAAAGCAGACAAAAUUCAUUAUUACACUAGCUCGUCUUUGAAGGUUUUAGUUUUUGAGAUUGAUGGAGUUGAUUGCUCUAUUGACAUGAAGUCAACCAAAAUUGUCUUCCUUUCUGGUUCAAAUUUU